AUGGUCAGUUUUUGCUUUCUGUUAGAUCGGAAGACUACAAUUAGGCGGACUAAACCGGUAGUUGGCUCCUAUUCAAGAUAUGGACGUAGUGCCCACGUUGCUGAUAUGUGCAUUGUUACCAGAUUUUGUCAUAUCCCUUUUUACCGAAAAUCUUGGAAGGCAAUUAUCUGUAGUUUCUGUUGUGUCAUUCUUAAAUCUUAUAGAUAG